UCUCUCUCUCUUACCCUAUUUUUCAGCAUCAAAUGCUCUGCCUCUCAUUUCAGCCCUUGUUGCUGUGAUGACCACAGGCAUGAGCACAGCAGGCAUUCAUCGAGGCUUCCUGAGGAAAUAUGGGGGCUUCAUGUUUAAGCAGUGGAAGGAGCGGUACCUUGUGCUGACCAUAGAGGGAAGCCUGUUGGUGUGCCGCGAUGCAGAGUCCCCUCCAGACCAGGUGAUUGCACUACAAACCAACUGUGAGUCGAUUGCAGAGGGACGAGAAAUCCUUGACCUGCCAAAGUUGCCACCAGGGGGCAGGAGGGACUGCUGCUUUGCCCUCAUCCUGCCUCAGAACAAGUUCCUGCUGCUUCUCACAGACAACCCUGAUGACUGCAAUCUGUGGCUGAAGCUGAUUAGAAAAGUGAGAGAGGGUGUCAUGUCACCUCUGACCCUUCAGAGACAGCGUAGCAUCAUUCCUUGCAUCACCGACAGAGACCCACUGCCCGACUCUUCAAGUGAUAAAGACCCCGGGUCACCCAGGGUUGGUGAGGGCACCCCUCCUUUGUCUCGAGUCCCUGAACGGGGAGGCUCCCUUAGAGACAGAAGCCAAAACCAAGCCAGUGGACCACGGCGGCCUCUACGUAGUGCUUCUGUGGCCCCCCCUCAUCGUGUGUCAGAUUGUCUUCGCCAUGGCAACAGCACCGAUGCCCGGGCGGUGAGGGCAGUGUGCCUGCUGAUGGGAGGGGCAGCGGCCUCCUCCGCUCUGGGCUACCUCAACUCCUGCUCCCCUUCCUCUCCUCUUGCCACCAGAGCCCCAGAGAUCGCCCAUGGCACAGGGGGCUUUUCCGAGCUUCCCGCAGGAGGCUCCUUCCACGCCUGCAGCCAGGACGUCGACUCUCCUCACUUCAACAGCUUCGACUUUGAAGGAGACUCCGACUUUGAUGCAUUUGACUGUGGAGGAUUUGCUUUUUAG